CCAUGAACCCUCCCUCUACAAAGGUCCCCUGGGCCGCCGUGACUCUGCUGCUGCUCCUCUUGUUGCCGCCCGCGCUGCUGUCGCCCGGGGCGGCCGCGCAGCCCUUGCCCGACUGCUGCCGCCAGAAGACGUGCUCCUGCCGCCUCUACGAGCUGCUGCACGGCGCGGGCAACCACGCGGCCGGCAUCCUCACGCUGGGCAAGCGGCGGCCCGGACCCCCGGGCCUCCAGGGCCGGCUGCAGCGCCUCCUGCAGGCCAGCGGCAACCAUGCGGCCGGCAUCCUGACCAUGGGCCGCCGCGCAGGCGCAGAGCCAGCGCCGCGCCCCUGUCCCGGGCGCAGAUGUCCCGUGGUGGCCGUCCCCUCUGCAGCGCCUGGAGGGCGGUCGGGAGUCUGAGCUGACGCUCGCGCCGCGUCCUGGCCCUGCCUUCUCCUCGCUGCCCGCCGGA